AUGGCCUCAUCUCGUCCCCUCACUCUCUUUUCGGACCUCAAUGAUCCAAGCUCUCUUGGACCGAGUGCCCCUACUCUUACUCUUCCUUACCUUCCUGGACAGAGUGCCCCUACUCCUACUCUUCUUAACCUUCCUGAACAGAGUGCCCCUACUCCUACUCUUCUUAACUUUCCCAUGAUGUCAAUUGAGCAAAUCAUGGCCGCUCAAUCUGACAUUGAAGCUAACCACUUCACACUAAGAUCCUGUAUAGAGACAGUGACUGCAGUUACCAAAUUGUCUCACCGGCUGCAGAAUAGGACCAGUGAGGUACAUCAGUUAAAUGCCCAAAUUUCUCUACACCAGCGCAUGUACAAAGAUGUGCGAGUAGAGAUUUGCGCACUGAAUGCGGAGAAUAAAGAGCUAAAACGGAAGACCACCGUCAUGGCCCGAUUCAAAGCACCUUCGUACUUCACCUUUGACAGCCAGCAGGGAGUUAACUCUCUUAGCGGUCCUAUACGCACCUGUACAAGGAAAAUUUACAUUGUUCUCGCAAUUUUCAGCCUUGGAAUCCAAGGCAAAGUCCAGGCCUAUUCCUCCAUCUCCUUCAAUGUGGCGGGUGCCACCGUGGCCACAUACAGAGACUUCAUAGGGGCACUGCGAGAAAUCGUGUCACGGGGAACCGACACAGUCAAUGGUCUACCAGUGCUGAACCCCGAAAGUAAAGUGUCGGUUGGGAACCGGUUUGUUCUGGUCCAUCUCAUCAAUGGCGUCACCGCCACGUUGGCAAUAGAUGUGGUGAACCUUUAUGUGGUGGCUUUUAGUGGUGCAAGUAACAAAUCCUACUUUUUCAAAGGCGCUGCGACACUUGAACUAAACAAUUUAUUCAACGGCACCCAAAAAACCAACUUAACCUACACCAGCAGCUAUGACAGCCUUGAGAAGCAGUCAACGGCGAGGGACAAGCUCCCUCUGGGACCAAGUCCCCUAGCUAACGCCACCACAAGGUUGUGGUACGGUGGGAGCGUAGCCGAACCGGUUCUUGUGGUCAUUCAGAUGGUCUUGGAAGCGGCAAGGUUCAAAUACAUUGAGGAACAAGUCCGUAAAAUAACCGGUGGAAACACUUUUACACCAAAAGGUUUGAUAGUGAGCAUGGAGAACGAAUGGGGGUUUAUGUCCAAGCAGAUUCAGCUUUCGAAAGAUGGAGAAAACUUCACUAACAGCGUUCAGCUUAAAGAUGACAAUUACCAGAUCCUCAUAAUAAACAACUUUACUACACUCAGUCGCUAUACCAUGAUAGCAAUUCUUCUCGACAAAAGCAAUAUUGCUUCAGCCGAGGACUACGAUAAUAACGAAUUGUUCAAACCCUGAAACUGCUGUAACUGCCUAAACCCCACAUCUCACCCUUAAAUAAAUUAUUCUAGGUAACCUCCUUUAUUCUCAAACUGGUUUGAGAGCAUAAAAUAAAUAGUUACCCUUCAUCUUCCUCCAAAAAUAAAUCUGCUUUGCAUUUUCGUUUUGGACUCUUUUUUGUAUUUCCUGAUCAAUGUGGGGGUUAAUGUGAUCAAUUGGCAUAUGGCUUUUUUCUUCUU